AUGGCUUCUACCGACGAGAUCGUACGGCAGUAUCUUGAACGAAUGGGAAUCGAACCGACAGGUUUGAUAUUAAGGAAUUAUAACCCGGAGGAAUACAAGAAAAAUUAUUCAAGUUUACGAGCAUAUGUUGAAGGAUCUUUAGAUAAAUAUAAAGGAGAACUUCAGAGAGUACUUUGGCCAAUAUUUGUACACGCGUAUCUCGAACUUGUCUCGAAAGAACAUAUCUCCCAAGCGACAGAGUUUUUCGAAAAGUUCCAAACGGAUCAUAGCACUCAUAUUAAAGAAUUAAAAUCAUUACGUGUAAUAACCCAUGCGCAUCAUAUACAAGAGAAUGAGCUUGCUCAAAAUUUUCUGUCCAAGAAAUUUCCGGUACAGAUGACAAAUACAGCAUAUGAUAUAUUUAUCGAUUUUUUGCAAGACAAAAGUUUUCUAUUAAGAAUAGUGAAUCAGCACCUUAAUAUCGAAGUUGGCACAUCGCAUACAGAGAUUGGUAUUCCUGGUUUCUCAUCACAAGAACUCGAAGAAUUUAAUCAGCAAGAAGUUCAACUGGGACACAUGCCAAUGGAUCCAGCUGUGCGUGAUGAAAUUGAGAGAAAGCUAAAUGACGAGGAUAAUCGUAGAAUGGCACAGGUUGAAGCCGAAUAUCAGGCAGGGACUGAUGAAAAGGCGAACGGUAUUGCAUACCAGCCUCACUCAUUACAACAAGAGUUCAUUGAAAAGGUUAAAAGAGAACAAAGUUCAGACGCUCCCGACCGAGCAUCUAUUCCGCUGCCGUCAUACAAGGGAUCUGAUAUAAAUGCACAGGUCGAGCUAAUCAAAGACAUGUCACAAAGAAUAGAACUGGGUCCAUCCACCUCUCUUCCUUUAAAUUGCAUAUCUAUGUCGGAGGAUUCAUCUCUUAUUGCAGGAGGUUUCUCAGAUUCUUACAUUAAACUAUGGAGUUUGAAAGAUGAAAAACUGAGAGGAUUCCAGGAGUAUGUUGACAUUUCUGAAAUAAAUUCUGCAAGCGACCUCGAAAGUAAACGAGAACAUCCUGGCAGUGACCUUAAAAAACUCCUCGGGCAUUCUGGACCAAUAUUUGGGUUAAGCUUUAGUCCGGACAAUAAGUACCUUGUUUCUUGUUCUGAAGAUAGAACUGUAAGGCUUUGGAGUACAGAUACCUUCACGAAUGUCGUUUGCUAUAAAGGUCACAAUUCGCCAGUAUGGGAUGUGGAUUUUAGUCCAUAUGGAUUUUAUUUUGCAACUGCAGGCCACGAUAGGACUGCAAGAUUAUGGAGUUGUGAUCAUAUCUAUCCCUUGAGAAUAUUCGCCGGACACCUAUCAGAUGUAGAUUGUAUUAAAUUUCACCCCAACUCUAAAUAUGUAAUUACCGGAUCUAUUGAUAAAUCCGUUCGUAUGUGGGAUGUUCAGCGAGGAUCUUGCUUCCGGAUAUUUUCAGGGCAUACUGGAGGAAUUUGUUGCUUGGCUGUAUCACCGGACGGACGUAUAUUGGCUUCUGGGGGCGAAGACAAGACCAUUAUGUUAUGGGACCUCGGGGACGGAAAGUUGCUCAAAAAGAUGAUAGGACAUACAGAUGUUAUCUAUUCACUAGAUUUUAGUAGAGAAGGUACUAUUCUUGCCUCGGGAAGCGCUGAUAACACCGUUCGAUUGUGGGAUGUGAAAAAGGGCAUUUCCGAUGAUUCGUACGAUGUGGAUAGUUUAUCAACAAAUAAAGUUAGAUCUCAAGAUAGUGAAACAAAACCUUACUCUUACAUGAAAUCAUCAGCUCCAACUGUAAUUCCGACAAA